AUGGCGCGUCUGGCUUUCCUCGUCGCGUCCCUGUCGCUGCUGCUUGUGGUGGCUUCUGCUGAUAAGCCAACCCUUCAGACUGGACCCAGCAACCCGGCUGUCAACCUCGACCAAGCCAAGGGCGCUAAUGGCGUCGUGACGAACGUCCCUGGUAGCAUCGAGAAGGCGGCUGCAACGGGCAAGCUGGACGAACUCCAGGGCCAGACGGUCGUGAGCACGGCCACGGACAGUAUCCUGAUGGUGGACGUGAAGCAGGCCGGAUGGAACAAGAUGAAGUGCAAGUGGAGCGCGGGCUUUGCCGAUGCCGGUAAGGGCGCGUGCACAGUCCAGAACUGCUCCCUGGGCGGCAUCCCCGCCAAGUGGAAGACGUCGAACCUGCUUAAGAACAAGCUCGGAGUGGAGGUGUACGUGAAGGGCAACCCGUGCACUGUGAAGAAGGCGUCCCCUCAGACUUGCUGCAACACGUGCGCGGGUUUCUCUGGCUGCACGUACUGGCAGUACAUUCCCGAUAUCACCAUCGACGGCAAGAAGUCGGACGGCGCGUGCUACCUGGUGCACGACAACAUCGACUUCACCUGCGGUGAGCUGACGGCGCAGUACGCGACGGACUCGAAGCCCAUCGCGCUGCAGUCGAGCUCCGUGCUGUCCGUGGACUGCGCGUUCACCGAGUACCACCGCGCCAAGCAACUAAGCCCCGUGCAGCACAUCGACCUGGAGCCCCUUCCCUAG